UGACGAAAUUUCCUUGGUCUUCGAAUCCUUAUCAUCACGUGUCGCAACACAGUAAAAUAUUGAACAUUUUUUGUACACAGAACCUUGUAUACAGAAAUAUAAUAACAAAGAAAGACUGUGCGACAAGUCAUGAGUAACAAAGACAGCAUAACAGAUAGAUAACAGACAUAGUCUAUUUAAACUACUACAUAACGUUUCAUUUUAUUUAUUUCUGUGAAAAUAUGUGAGUAAUGUUUGUUACUUUGUGAUUGACGUCGGCCGUAAUCUUUUUCGUUAUACGAAUUGCACGGAAGACGCGGGCUGAUAUCGCAGGCAAAGGAGUUGGCGUUGAGAAAUGCGAUGCAAUGAGAAAGUAUCUUGAUAAUGUGUACAUGUGUAAAUAGAGGACAACCAACAACACAGCCGUGUGAUACCACGCGGUCUGUAUACCGGGGAAUCGCUGCUCAGUCUACGCUAACAUCGCAAUCGAAUACAAACUGAUUUUACAAAGCAUACAAGAUGCUUCGUCUAAUGACGGACCAGUUAUCCAAAUGGAGUCUUAGGAAGAACCGAACAGUCGCCGCAAGAAUGUUCAAGCGAGAAUUGAACGAGACGAAAAACAUUGAUAUACCCAGCAGUGCAGAUGUUGUGAUAAUAGGUGGUGGAAGCGCAGGCUGCAAUGCGUUGUAUCAAUUGGGAAAACGCGGUGUCAAUGCUGUGCUCUUGGAGAAAUCGAAGCUGACAUCCGGUACAACAUGGCACACGUCGGGUCUCGUAUGGAAUUUACGUGGAGUAUCGGACGUAGAGAUGGAGUUGCUGAAAGCUUCGAGAGUGCUUUAUGCAUCUCUGCAGGAGGAAACUGAUAUAGAUGCAGGAUGGAUAAACAACGGCGGACUCUACAUCGCUCAUUCUCCUGAACGGGUAGUUGAAUAUGAGAGAUUGAUCACUGGCUGUAAGAAUUUCGACAUUGAUGCAUACAUGAUUGAUCCAGCCGAGGCGAAGAAAAAGUUUCACCUUUUAGAUGAAAAUGCAUUUGUGGCUGCGGUGCACUGUCCAGCGGAUGGUUCUGUAGAUCCUGCCAUGUUAAUAAAUGCAUUGACGAAAUCAGCAGAGAGAAACGGUUGCAAGGUCAUCGAGAACUGUCCAAUCACUAAACUUCUCAUAGAAAAUACUGAUGAUCAUAAAACUGUUCGUGGAGUGGAAACACCUUACGGAAUUAUAAGGACCAAUGUCGUGUUAAACGCCGCGGGAGCAUGGUCUUCGACGAUUGCGCAAAUGGCAGGAUUGGACAUCCCUUUAGUACCGAUGAAACACGCAUACAUCCUUACCGAGCCGAUAAAUCUACAAGGAUUGCCAAAUGUUCGAGAUCCUGAUUUCGAUGUCUAUUUCCGAGUGCAGGGUGCAGCUUUGCAGAUCGGAGGAUACGAGCCGAAUCCUAUCGUGUUGCAAUCUCCGCCGGAAGAUUUUCCCUUUAGUUUGUACGAGCUGAAUUGGGACGUGUUCAAUACACACGUAGAAGCGAUGAACCGAUUGAUGCCCGCUCUGGCAACUACAGGAAUAAAAACGACGAUCUGCGGCCCGGAAAGUUUCACUCCCGAUCAUAGACCCAUCAUGGGCGAGGACCCACGUUGCACGGGUCUUUAUUACUCCUGCGGAUAUAAUAGCGCUGGGAUGAUGUUUGGAGGCGGUUGUGGAGAACAAAUAGCAUCAUGGAUAAUCAAUGGACGACCGGACAAAUACAUGUUCGACCGCGAUAUCAGACGAUUUAUACCAGAACAAAGAAAGAAUUCAGUUUGGGCGACUGAGCGAAGCCAUGAAGCUUAUGCAAAAAAUUACGACAUCAUCUUUCCACACGAAGAGCAUUUAGGCGGCAGAAACUUGAAGACAGAUCCCUUUCACGAUUUGCUCAUUAAAGAAGGUGCAGUCAUGGAAGAACGACAAGGAUGGGAACGUCCGGGAUGGUUUCUGCCCGACAAUAAAACAGCCGCAGUUCUGCCUUACGAUUAUGGCGGCUAUUGUGAUAAACCGAAAAAUACGAAUGACACAUACGCUGACAUACUAAAAACGGAAUGUACAUUCGACUUUCCACCGCACGAUAAUAUCAUCCGGGAGGAAGCGCUUGCCUGCAGAAAUAAUGUUGCCUUAUUUGACAUGUCGUACUUUGGGAAACUUUACAUAUGUGGUCCAGAGACGAGUAAAGCGGUGGAUUACAUAUUCACGUCUCGAGUUGCGGAUCGAGAGAUCAACAGGACUGUUUACACCUGCAUGUUGAACAAGAAUGGUGGUGUAGAAGCAGACUGCACUGUCACCGGGCUAGAAUCUGGCUUGGGUGGUAUAGUCGAUCCCAUAUUUAAGGGGAAAGCCUUCUACGUCGUAACCGGAGGCAUGUCAUCUUAUCACACUUGGGCGCAUAUAAACAAGAUAAUAAAAGAAAAAGAUUUCAAUGUAUCUGUGCACAAUGUUACGGAGCAGAUAGGAAUCUUGUCACUCCAAGGACCCAACAGUCGACAAGUUCUGCAAAUGUUAGUCCAGGAUGACCUCUCGAACAAAUCGUUUCCAUUCUCAACUUCAAAAUUAGUACGAAUUGACGGCGAAUUAGUGCACAUGUUUAGACUUAGUUUCGUAGGUGAACUCGGUUUCGAAUUACAUAUUCCAAGAAGCUCAUGCGAAAAAGUUUAUAAAGCUGUAAUGGAAUAUGGCAAAAAAUAUGAUGUUAAAUUAGCUGGCUUCAGAGCACUCUACAGUUUAAGUUGCGAAAAAGGAUAUCAUCUUUGGAGCACAGAUUUAAGAUCGGAUGACAAUCCAAUAGAAGCGGGUUUAGAAUCUGUUUGUCGCAUCAAUGGCAAAUACUUAGGAAAGACAUCUGUUGAUCAGUUUCGCAAAAAUGGGAUUAAAAAAAGACUAGUACAUUUACACAUAAACAAUGAUAUACCAUUGUGGGGUAUGGAAAAUGUUUAUAGAAACGAUCAAUUAGUUGGUUAUCUAAGAAGAGCCGAGCAUGGAUAUACCUUUAAAAGCAGUAUUGGACAAGCAUACAUCAAAGCUCCAAAUGGACAAAAUAUUACAAAGGAAUUCUUAGAAACGGGUACUUACCAGAUCGAAGCAAGAGGAAAAAAAUAUCCCGCGAAGAUGUAUCUUCAAAGUCCAUUUGAUCCGCAAAACAAGAGAUUAUUAGGUAUAUAUAAGUAUAACAAUAUAGAUACGAGAAUAUAAAAAAUAUCGACGAUCUAAAUUUAUCAAUCACGUUUCUUGCGAUUUGAAAAUAU